AUGAACGAUGCAAGAAAGCAGGAACUCACCAGGUCUCCCAUAGAAGUGACAAAGGCUGCCUUUCACUUUCCAGUUUACAUUGAUUCACUUGAAUCUCCGUAUGCUACAUUUCGUUUUCGGUACAGACCCAAGGACAUAUUGCAGGCCCAGGGCAUCAUUACGAAAGACUCAGACAUUGUUGUGCUUGAUGGUCCACCCCCGAAGAAAGAAUGUUGCUGGCACUCUGCUGAAGAGGACGUUAAUCCUCUCGUCGACAUCAGUGCUCUGCGUGGAGAUGGCGAGAUUGGUGACGAUGCUGACCUCGCAGCCAUAGAGAAUCAAAUUCGCUCCCUUACAGAGCAGCUAGAGCGCAAGAGACGUAGUAAAAAGAGACGGGCAAUUGCAGAUACCCGGGUCAAGAAGGAAAAGCUGCAGGAACUUGACAUACACAUAGGAGAGUCCGACAUCAUAGAAUUAACGUAG